GGCCUCAGUGCUUGUCUCCUCGCCAUGUCUGCCGCACGCCCGUUCGCUCUCUCGCUCGCCGCACUGCUCGCCGCGCUGCUCGUCGCGCAAGUCGCACUCGCCGCGCCCAACGCGCUCACACGCACGCGCCGACAACUCGCCGACGACAACACGUUGCAGCCCCUCGAUGAUGCGGCGAGCGACGACCAAGCACGCGAGAAACGAAAACUAGAGGGUGUCACUGAGGCCAAGUUCGGCAUCAAGAACGCCGUCCUCGGCUUCGUUUUUGGAAAAAUCAACUCUUUGAUUGACUCGAAAACGCGGUUGGUUGAGUCAUUCGACCGGCAGAAUAUUGAAAUAAAUAAGCAAUAUGGAAUUGAGGCUCCUAAGGGCGGUGGGUUGGCCUCGCUCAGUGGAAUCGUGGGACAAGUUAUUGGACCCAAGCUGCAACUAUUGGGACCCAAGAUACAAGCCGUGACCGGACUCCUGGGAGGCGCGUCGGGCGGCGGAGGCGGCUCAGGUGGGGGCUCGGGACUGGGCUCCAUCAUUUCGCUGGUCACUUCCUUGUCGGGAUCCUCUUCCGGUGGUGCCGCGGUCGGCGGCACUGUCGAGACCAUUGACUCUUCUGAGGAGGACGACUCUUGAUCGCUCUCCUAUUCCUUUGUGACUCUGCUCCGUCAUUGCGUGCCGCGUAAAUCCAUCAUUCUUGCCGAUGCUCCGCAUGUUUCGUUUCGUGCAACCGCCUCAUGUUUGUUGUUGUGGCGUGGUAUGUAACAGUCGUAGCCCUGCUGGAUACUUGCCAGACGCGCCGCAGACGCCGGAGCCGGGUCGCAACCCGCAGUGUACAGUCCCAGUUGCGCACGCGCUUCUAAACCCGCGCUCUCAGCGCACUGUAUUUAUAUGUAAAUAGAAUUAGGUGAGUUAUGGUGAUUUAUUAAAUAAUAAUAUAAUAUAUGUUUU